ACGUUCACUUAGACAGGAUAGAAUCAGUGGAGUCAACGCCUGUUCAUUUGCUGACUAUAUCUGUCUGAAGUUCCGAUACUUUUUUGUUUUAUGGCUGGGUAUAUAUAGAUAGUACAAACACGUUAGGAAAUAAGGAAGCGUCUGUUUCCUGCCUCCAACAGUUUCUGAGUGCAACACCGCUGUUAUAAUUACAAACUCCAGCCCAUUAUCAGUGUGUACUACAGAGCAUGGCUGCCCCUCAUCCCAGUAAACCCUUCAGCCCAGAGGAGGUCCAGAGGAUUCUUCCUCAUCUGCAGCAGCCUGCAGUCUUCAUGAACAUGACCUGUGGCUGGCCUGUCCUCCACUGGACUGCUGAGCACCUGUCUGGCUGUCUCGGUGACAAACUCAUCCGAUUCAGACUUGGAAGAAAAGAGGAGACAAACAUGCCGCUGUUUGAAACCCAGUGUCCUUAUGUGGAGGCCACACUGGCCCACUUUGUCAGCUGGACCCAGGACCAGGCUGGGGCAGAUGAAGGACCCUUUUCUGAAUACCCGAGGUCAGAGUAUUGGGCCUAUGCCGACUACAAAUAUAUCGCCAUGCUGUUUCAACACCAGCCUUCCAUGUUCGAGGGUGUAAAGUGGUCCGACUUUGGUUUUGAGGGACGUAAUGGGAGAGAGAGCACCUUGUGGAUCGGCACCGAGGGGGCCAACACGCCAUGCCACCUGGACUCUUACGGCUGCAACCUGGUGCUGCAGGUACAAGGACGAAAGCGUUGGCACCUCUUUCCUCCAGAGGACACCGUCAACCUUUACCCGACCAGGAUCCCCUACGAAGAGUCAAGUAUCUUCAGCCAGGUGGAUGUUCUCCAUCCAGACCUGAUGAGGUUCCCUGUCUUUCAGGCAGCCAGGGCCCACAUCGUCACUCUGCAGCCAGGGCAGGUGCUGUAUGUCCCCAGACACUGGUGGCACUAUGUGGAGUCAGUGGACCCCAUCACUGUCAGCGUCAACUCCUGGAUCGAGUUGGAAGUGGACGACGUGGCGAGAGUAAGUGAAGCCGUGACCAAGGCUGUUGUCUGCGCCCUCAAAAGAACACCAAGUGAUGACAACACCGACGACUGGCUCAAUCCCACUGAGGAAGGAGUAGCAUCCCAUGAUGAGAACAUGCAGUAUGUGAACCUGGCUGUGCGAGCAUGUGUUCAGAGACAGAGGGACCUCUGCCACAGAGAUCUGGACCAGGACACGAGGGACAACCGUCCAGUCAAGCGGGACUCCAGAGGACAAAUCAGGAAGAGCGAUGACUCAGUCAGGGAUUCUGUGGCCUUCACCGUCCCCUUUGGAGCACAUCUCACCCCUGUACUCUGUCGGCAAGAGUCCUCACCGGAAACGAGCGCAAAAGAUCUGGAGUUCAGCUCAGAGGCAGCGCAGAGAACCAAGCUUACAUCUGCUGCCCGCCUCCACCGGGGAGAACAUGAGCGUAGCCCUGAUUUAACUCAAUGUAGACCAUGUGACUGUGCUGAUGAGAGGUCGGGGAACUCUUCAGAGGAUUAUGAGGAUCCAGCAAACACACCAAUAACCACUAAUGACCUGUUAGACUGCCUGGUGCAUCCUGAUGUCAUUGCCUGUGUCACUAAGCUUUUACUGGAAAGGCACACAGGAAAUCUCAGGACCAGCGCACCAUCCCAGCUCUAAUUUUCACCAGCUAUAAACAUCCUUUCUGACCUUUCUACUCCGGAUGUCUCACUGGGGUUUGCAGUUGACAGAGAGCUGCGAAUAAACCAAAUUAUGUCUGGACGCAGAAAUCCGUCCUCCAGGCUGCGGGUAAUGCUGUGGUGUCAGUAAGAAGCGAGCGAGGGAGAGGAAGAGUCUUCACCUGCUUUGCUUUCUACUCUCAUCUGUCAAGGUCCUCUUGGAUGUCAUGACCAAAACUGACCGUAAUGUGAUCAGUGACGCCAUCAAGUGGCUCCACCAUGUCCUCGUUUUGUUGUCCUGCACACACUGAUCCUGUUUGGCUCCUCCAGAAAGAAGAAAAAUGUCCACUUAAAUCAAUUUGGUAUGGUAAUAUGUCACAUAAUUCAAGGUAAUAUUCCUGAGAUGUGAACAUUUGUUUUCUCAUAAUGUUUCCUGUCAUUUACUAAGGAACGAACACCGAAGCCUGAUCGUAAUGGUUUGGUGACUGAUGAAAGCUUCGUGAGGAGAAAUGAAUGAAAUGUUUGAGUACAGAAUCACAGCCAUGGCUCACACAGAGAGAGGAGGGAAGGUCGCACUUGUGCAAGAACAACAAAUGUCGUCUCUGCUAACAGUUUGUUCGAUAAAGUUGAUGUUUUUUGCAAUUUCAACCGUGGUACAAAAAUGAUUGUAGUCAUUAAAAGGAGGAAAAUGA